AUGUAUCCCCCCCAAAAGCCAGAGUUCGCGCACCCAUGGCAAGUGCUCAACGAGCACGUUGAAUCGGUUGUCGCCUCACCCAAGGGCACCAGCGUCGUGGACCCGAUCUCCGUGAAGCUCUUCAAAGACGAUGCGUACUGCCAGGAGUUCUUCAACACGAAGAAAGACAUGUGGGAGUCGACACCACUCCUCUCAUCCUUCCUCGGACGCGCUGGUGAAUUCGACGUGAUCUUCAUCGUCGGCGGGUUCGGGCCGAUGUACGACCUGGCGACCGACAAGACGUCGAUCCAGUUGAUACGCGAGUUCCACGAUGCGGGCAAGAUCAUCGUCGCGCUGUGCCACGGCUCCGCGGCCCUCGUCCACGUCAAGGUCGCCGACGGCACCUACCUGAUCAAGGGCCAGCCCGUCACUGGCUUCAGCGACUUGGAGGAAGAGCAGGCCAUCGCCAAUAAGAUCGCUCCGGCGGGCAUCCCAUUUGAUCUGGAGAAGUCCCUCAAUGAGCACAGCGGCGGCCUGUAUGAAAAGAACCCCGAGGCCUGGUCUCCACACGUCAUUGUCGCUACCCCUAAGUUGCUCUUCGGUCAGAAUCCAAACAGUGCGCAUCCGCUGGGUGAGGAGUUGUUGAAGGUGCUCCAAGGGAAGAGUUAA